UUGUCGACGUUUCGGGUCGAAACCCUGCAUCAGGGAUCAUCUGCUGAGUGGGCAGAGCGUAUUCCGUGUCCUGGAGCAUUCUGGGUAUCGGAAGCCGCCAUUGCACCGCGGAACAAAAUCCACACCGGCAGCUUCACAAGCGGCGAGAAGGAACGUGUCCUCAUCGAACGCAAUGGACCCACUUCAAUGCCCCGACUGCGGCAAACACUUCAAGCGAUCCAGUGACCUACUGAGACACCAGCGGGAUCACAGCGGGGAGAGGCCGUUCACCUGCAGUGACUGUGGGAGGGGGUUCACUCGCUCGGCCAACCUGCUGACCCACCAGCGGGUCCACACCGGGGAGAGGCCCUUCACCUGCCCUGAGUGCGGGAAGGGGUUCACCCGCUCGUCCAACAUGGAGAUACACCGGCGGCUUCACACCGGGGAGAGGCCAUUUACCUGCUCCGAGUGCGGGAAGGGAUUCACCCGCUCAUCUAACCUGGUGAUACACCGGCAGGUCCACACCGGGGAGAGGCCGUUCACCUGCUCGGAGUGCGGGAAGGGCUUCAUUCGGUCGUCUGAGCUUGUGAUGCACCAGCGGAUCCACACCGGGGAGAGGCCGUUCACCUGCCCUGUGUGCGGGAAGGGGUUCACUCAGUCCUCUGACCUGCGGAGACACCGGCGGGUUCACACCAGGGAGCGGCUGCACAUCUGCUCCGAGUGUGGGAAGGGAUUUAUUUACACGUACAAACUGGUGACCCACCAGCGGCGGGUCCACCCUGGGGUGUGGAGUCCACCUGUUCUGGCUCCGAGAAGGGAUUCGCUCAGUCAUUCCACCCGCUGACACACC